AUGGCAGGUGGAGGAGGACUCGACGACGAGCUGCUUGCUCUUGCCGGUGGAUCCGCGCGCAACAUCGACCUCUCCUCGGACGACGAGGGCGACCGCGUGCGCACAGGAUCCAAACGCGAUUCGAAACCUUCUGCCUCUUCCUCGCUCGCCAAAAAGCGCCGGCUCGACUUGCUCGAUGAAUCUGCCUCUGGUUCCGACGCCGACGCGCCCGGGUCUGACGACGAUGACGCCGCCGCUUCCUCCUCCGAUGAACGCGCUGCGCUGUAUCCGUACCAGGGUAUCUACAAGUCGGCGCGCGACAUGGAGGAGCUCAUGUCGAUGAAUGAGCUCGAGCGCGAAGACAUCCUCGCCAAACGUAGGGACGAGAUCAACAAGCGUAGGCAGAAGGUGGAGCUUGCUGCGCUCGUAAAAGCGCAAAAGGCGGCGGCUGGUGCGACCAAAAAGGCGGCGUCUAGGAAGCGGGUCGUUAGGGGGGGAAGGAGGGGAGCCGAUUCGGACUUGAGCGAGCAGAGCGACGACGAUGCGGACACAGACGAGGAUGCGGAUGGCGAUUCGGACUUCGCGUACGGCGCAGCCUCUGCCGCAAAGAGCAGGAAGAAGAAGCUGCCCGGCCAGACCGACGCCAAGUCGGCCAAGCUGUCGGAACUGCGCAAGAAACGAAAAGAGAAAGCAGCGGGCAUCUCGCGCUCUCGCGAACUCGAUUCGGACGACGACGCUGCCCCCUCUGCAGGUGCAGCCAAAUCGCGCAACCGUCGAGGCUACGCUUCGUCCUCUGCGUCCGACGUCUCGUACUCGGACUACUCGGACGAAGAAGACUAUCCGCGUCGAAAGGGCACUGCGGCGAGAACCGACUACAAUGCGCGCGGCAGCGACUCGUCCGAACCGCCGUCGCUGGCCGAUCUCAACGCCGCACGUAUCACGCGUGACCAGAUCGAGUCGCGUCUCUACGCCCCGCGCUGGCGCGAGUACCUCACAGGCAGCUUCUUCCGCUUCUCGUGGGGCGAGCGCCCGCACCCGACCAACCCAGCGCGCACCGAGACGGUCUACCGCAUCCACCAGGUGAGCGACGUCGUCGAGAGGCCGGGCAAGUUCUACGAUCUCUCCGACGACAAGUCGGGCAAGUGGUGCAACGUGUACCUCGUCUUCGAGCAUGCGGGGGCCGAACACGAAGCCAAGAUCAACCUGCUUUCGCGUGGCGAGUUUAGCGAGUCGGAGCGAGAGAGGUGGAUCGCCAUGCUGCAGGGCAGCAAGCAGCGGCUGCCCAAGAAGGCCGCGGUAGCGAGGAAGGCCGACGAGCUCGACAAGUUCUUUACCACUCCGCUGACCGAGCAGGACAUCGGAAAGAUCCUCGCCACCAAAAAGAGGCUCCGGCAGGAGGCCAUCAGCGUCAUGGGUGGCAGUGCGGUGCUCGGCGCCACGGCCGGGUUCGACAGCCCCAGGGGCACAAACGGCACAGCCACACCCACACUCUCUGCAGCAGCAGGUGCCGGCGGUGGCGCGGACCUCAAACCGCAGAGCCUCGAGGCGCGGCUCGCAGCGGUCAACGAACGCAACCGUGCGCUCGACAGGACGAAACAGUCCGAUGUCGAGCGCAAGGCGAGAAAGGCGGCGCAAGCCGCGCGCGCCGCCGCCCAGCCGCCAACCGCGCCAGCCAAGCCACCCGCGGAGGACGGAGGCGACGACGACAAGGGCGGCAUCCAGGUCACCCACGAAAAGGUCGCACACACGGGCAUGGGCAAUGGCUUCGUCGCCGUCAAGAACUACUCGACGCUCGUCGAGGUCGAUCUCGGCGACUUUUGA